UCGGCGCACUUCCCUCCGCUCUGCCCGCGGUGAACUUGUUGCCGGGUCUUGUCGCUACACCUGAUUCUGCUGCUUCCUUCCAAGGUGUUGAUACCUGCUCCCUUUGCCUCUCCGCAAAAAAAGAAAAUGUCGGGCUGCCUGAGCGAUCAGGAGGCGGAGAAAUGCUGCUCCGAGCCGGACCCGGCGACGCGAGACUUCAUCAUGCAGCAGACCAUGUACCGGAUCAAGGAUCCCAAGGCGUCGCUCGAUUUUUACACUCGCGUUCUCGGCAUGCGGCUGUUGCAGAAGCUAGACUUUCCCGAGAUGAAGUUUUCGCUCUACUUUAUGGGCUUCGAGGAGUCGGUGCCGAAGACUAGCUCCCGUCAAGAGCGCGCCGAAUGGGCCUUCAGCCGCAAGGCUACGAUUGAGUUGACGCACAACUGGGAGGAUCAUCCAGAGGGCGGCUACCACAACGGAAACACCGCACCUAGAGGAUUUGGCCACAUCGGCAUCAUGGUGCCCAAUGUUGCAGAAGCGUGUGCCCGGUUCGAGAAGCUUGGUGUCAAGUUUGUCAAGAAGCUCCAUGAAGGAAAAAUGAAGAACAUUGCUUUCAUUCAAGACCCGGACGGCUACUGGAUCGAGAUUUUCAACAACAAGAUUGUUGACAAAGACUUCUUUAAAGAAUGAAUGUGCUUUUGUAUUCUGUCCAGAGAAGCCCGAACUAAGCUCAGUAUAAAAGUGCCUUUAUUAUUUGUAUCAAUUAAAUAACAGUUGUCUAACGAG